AAACCGAGAUUUUUAAAAACAUGGCAGCACCACAAUUUAGCAUAUUGUCUCCCAAUAUACCCCUCAGUGUGGCCCUACGGAGCUUAAAUAACGUUGGUCGGACGACAAGGAAUGUGUUCACCGUGACAUGGCCGCAACCGAUGAUUAUUUAUGAUAUUUUGGUCAGAAAUCCGGAGAUUUCUCUGAUCUUGUAAACAGACAUUUGACAAGGUGGCAAGACGUACAGUUGUGUUUGACUUCUGGUACCGAAGCAAAAGACCCUGCAAAUGAUUUUAUCAAACCAAUUGAGAUUUGCAUAUCCCUCAAAUGCAUUGGAUCUGGAAAGCCGAUCUUUCUCCCC